CAAGCCCUGUAGCAAUGGGACCCCAGCCUGUGCCCACUGAGCUGGGGCCUCAGGAAGCUGUACCCCUGGACCUGGACCCCGAGGAUACUGAAUGGACCCAGGCCUUUCACUGGAGGUUAGAUAUCUUUGAAGACUGCCACCACAAGCUCCUCAUCCCUCCUAUGUCCUGGUGGGAUGUUUUCAAUGAAGGCCCAUUUCCUGGGCAACCUGUAUUGUUGGAGUUGAGCCACAUCUGGCCCAUGGAUCCAUGGGAAGCAGAAGCCUGGUUGAUAGACCUGAAGUUCUUCUUACUGCUGAAUACUUUUGAUGAUGCCAUCUGGUACCUGAUGUCAAUGACUCCUCUCUGGGCAGUGAGGACCCGGGUCAAGCGCUGGCUGGUGUUGCUGGAUCCUGGUGAGUUGACGCUGGUCCAGCUACAGAAUGCACCUGAACAGCAGGACCUGAACCGCUGGAAGCUGAGCAUCCUGGAGUCCUCAGAGCCGGAGGUGGAGAUGGUGCCCGCUGACUACAGCCUGCGGAAGGGAGGCUUCAAGGUGCACUCCUACCUGCCCUGGCACAAUAGCACCCCAGAGGCCUGGAACAGGGAACCAGGGGAGGGGCUCCCUGUCAGAGAAGUUCCCCCUGAUUGGAGCCCGAGUGACACGAGUGACUCGAGUGACCUGGACUUCCUUGAUCUCGAUAACCAAGGCAUUGAUGCUUAG